AUCUGUUUCAAUUUCUUAAUGUACAACUAAACCCUCUUUAGCAAAAGUAGAAUUAUUAAACGAAUAUUGUUUCUUGUCACAUACUUUAUAUAGAGACAUAUAAAUAGAAACAUAUAUGUAGAUAACAACGACACAAGUCACAAUCGUGCUUACUCACGUAUUACGUAUAGCCAAAAGUUUCCUACUCAUAUAUAUCACAAGUGUGCUUGCGUUUGAGAUAUACUCAGAGACGUGUAGCUUCACUAAUUCCACAUACUCAGAGAGAAAUGGCAACCGAAACCGUAUUAGCCACGGCGGUGAGCAAUGGCAAAAGCAAAGGAUGUUGCAAGUCCGGUCCAGGUUACGCGACGCCUCUCGCCGCCAUGGCCGGUCCACGGGAAAAGCUCAUCUAUGUCACUGCCCUUUACUCCGGAACGGGGCGAGACAAACCGGACUACUUGGCAACGGUGGAUGUGGAUCCAAGCUCACCCACAUUUUCAAGCGUCAUUCACAGACUAAAAAUGCCAUAUAUAGGAGAUGAGCUUCACCACACUGGUUGGAACUCUUGCAGCUCUUGCCAUGGUGAUGCUUCUGCUGAUAGACGUUACCUUGUCUUACCAGGCUUAAUUUCUGGUCGCAUCUAUGCAAUCGACACAAAGACCGACCCAAAGGCUCCGUCUUUGUACAAGGUUGUAGAGCCUAAGGAGAUUGCUGAAAAGACAGGAUUAGCAUUUCCACAUACAUCUCAUUGCCUAGCUUCAGGGGAUAUGUUGGUGUCAUGCCUUGGGGACAAAGAAGGAAACGCCAAAGGGAACGGGUUUCUUUUGCUAGACUCUGACUUCAAUGUCAAAAGCAGGUGGGACAAACCAGGACAUGGUCCUUUGUUUGGUUAUGAUUUUUGGUACCAACCUCGGUUCAAGACCAUGAUCAGCACUUCUUGGGGUGCACCUAAAGCCUUCUCCAAAGGUUUCAAUCUCCAGCAUGUUGCGGAUGGCUUGUAUGGAAGUCAUUUGCAUAUUUAUCAAUGGCCUGAAGGUGAAAUGAAACAGAUAAUUGACCUUGGAAAUACCGGUCUCUUACCUCUUGAGAUCAGAUUCUUGCAUGAUCCUUCUAAAGAUACAGGGUAUGUUGGGAGUGCUUUGUCUAGUAAUAUGAUAAGGUUUUUCAAGAACAGUGAUGACACGUGGAGCCAUGAGGUUGUUAUAUCGGUUAAACCGUUGAAAGUCGAAAACUGGAUACUUCCAGAAAUGCCGGGGCUUAUCACCGACUUCUUGAUCUCCCUCGAUGACCGGUUUUUCUACUUUGUGAACUGGCUUCAUGGAGACAUUCGUCAGUACAACAUCGAAGACCCUAAAAACCCGGUCUUAACCGGACAAAUAUGGGUCGGAGGAUUACUACAAAAGGGUAGUCCUUAUAAGGCUGUUGGAGAAGAUGGUAAUACUUACCAAUUCGAUGUUCCUCAGAUCAAGGGGAAGUCUCUAAGAGCAGGACCUCAGAUGAUCCAACUAAGCCUAGAUGGGAAAAGAUUAUAUGCGACAAACUCGCUAUUUAGCGCAUGGGACCGUCAGUUUUACCCGGAAAUCAUGGAGAAAGGCUCACACAUAAUUCAAAUCGAUGUUGAUACAGACAAAGGUGGUCUCACUCUAAACCCUGACUUCUUUGUGGACUUUGGUGAUGAACCAGACGGUCCUGCACUAGCUCACGAGAUGAGAUAUCCCGGCGGAGACUGCACUUCCGAUAUCUGGAUCUGAUUUUGGCUCCCUAAGAGUGUAAGCUGGAUUUGUGGCUAGAUUCGUGAUCAAGACAAUUAAAGUUGUUCUUACUCCUUUGUGGCUUAUUCCGUGAUAAUAAAACUUUCUAUUUAUGUUGUGUGUCUCUAUCUUUCGAGUAACCGAAUUGAACCGAUCAAAACCGGGUCGAAUUAUGGAUCAUCAACUCAAAAACACGUCAGAUACAGUGUACGUGGACACAUGGACCAGAUUUGUUAUCUUCUUCUUGUUAUUUUGUUAAUGGACAAGAUCUGGUUAAUUGUUUAUGUUAUCUAUUUUGUGCAUGGAGACGUAUUUUAAUUCGAAAUACAUCUCAAUUAACUU